UUCAAUUUUUAUUUUUGCUUCCACAUAACCAAACACACUCAGUACACCACAUUUAUCCUCAUGUUGUACCUUAUAACAUUGUAACAAUUUAAACACAUCACACCUCUCUCUCUUUCUAUAAUACAACUUUGUCUAAGUCCUACUCCUCUCUUUGUUUUUUUGUGAAAAAAUGAUGUGUUGGCAAACAUGGAAAACCAUGGCAAUAACCGUGGUAUUGCUUCAAUUGAGUAUUUCUUCCAUGAAAAUUUUCUGUCUCUCUUCUCAUGCAGAUAGAAUUCAUAAGCUUCCUGGCCAACCUCACAUAAACUUUCAACAGUUCUCAGGAUAUGUUACAGUUGAUGAAAUGAAACAAAGAUCUCUCUUUUAUUAUUUUGUUGAAUCAAAAACUAAUCCAUCUUCAAAGCCUCUAGUCCUCUGGCUCAAUGGAGGACCAGGCUGUUCUUCUAUUGGAAUAGGUGCAUUUUCUGAAAAUGGACCUUUCAGACCAAAUGGUGAAGUUCUGAUUAAAAAUGAUCAUAGUUGGAAUAGAGAGGCAAACAUGUUGUAUUUGGAGACACCAGUUGGAGUGGGAUUCUCUUAUGCUAAAGGUACCUUCUCUUAUAUGAAAGUGAAUGAUGAGAUGACAGCUAGGGACAACCUUGUGUUCUUGCUUGGAUGGUUCAACAAGUUCCCUCAAUACAAACACAGAGAUUUGUUUUUGACAGGAGAAAGUUAUGCAGGGCAUUACAUUCCACAACUAGCAAAGCUUAUGAUUGGAAUCAACAAAAAGAAGAAGAUAUUCAAUCUAAAAGGCAUAGCAUUGGGGAAUCCACUUCUAGAAUAUGCCACGGACUUCAAUUCAAGGGCUGAAUUCUUCUGGUCUCAUGGAUUGAUAUCAGAUUCUACUUACAAAAUGUUCACUGCAGGCUGCAACUAUUCGCGGUAUGUCAGCGAGUACUAUAGAAACUCGAUUUCGCCUCUUUGUUCAAAGGUUAUGAGAAAAGUAAGCAGAGAAACAAGCAAGUUUGUGGACAAAUAUGAUGUCACACUUGAUGUAUGCAUUUCCUCAGUUCUUUCACAAUCCAAAGUUAUUUGUCCUCAAACUCAUCAAGCAAAUGAGAGUAUAGAUGUAUGCGUAGAUGAUAAAGUUACAAAUUACUUAAACAGACGAGACGUACAAAAGGCGCUCCACGCCGAGCUUGUUGGAGUACCAACGUGGGAUGUUUGCAACAACGUCUUGGACUAUAAUAUGCUCAACCUAGAAGUUCCUACACUCCAUGUUGUUGGAUCACUCAUAAAAGCUGGAGUUAGGGUAUUAAUUUAUAGUGGAGAUCAAGAUUCAGUAAUUCCACUGACUGGUAGCCGCAGCUUGGUUCAAAAGCUAGCAAGACAAUUAUCACUUAAUACAACAGUCCCUUACAGGGUAUGGUUUGAAGGUCACCAGGUUGGUGGGUGGACUCAAGUUUAUGGCAAUAUUCUCUCAUUUGCAACCAUCAGAGGUGCCUCUCACGAAGCACCUUUCUCACAACCUCAAAGAUCACUUGUUUUAUUCAACUCCUUCUUGGAAGACAGACCUUUACCUGAAAUUUUAUGACAAAUUGUUUGUACUUUUUCUUAUUUAAUUCAGAAAUUGUAACUUUGUCAGUAACCCCAAAAUUUGUACUAUAUAAUUAAUAAAGGAAUGUAAUAACUGUACAAGAUGUCAAAAGAAAAGCUUGCAAAAAUUAUUUGUUGUUUAUCUCAAA